CGAGCGAGCCGAGCUCGAGCCGAGCCUCAGCUCCUGCCAAGUGUAACAAUCCUGAAGCCCUCUUGUGGCCCGACCCCAGCAGUGGGUGAGAGCUCCUGGGGAGUGGGGGUGGGUGGGGUGAGUGAAAUCCUGCGACGGGGCGGGGGAGGGGUUUCGAGGAUCUGGGGGAGGCGGAAUCCCGGACCGGAGACGGGACCUCUGCAGGACGAAGGCGAGGGCGGAUUCGCCCUCGGUUGCUGCGAUGUGGCCCCAAGAUUGAUUCCUAUCCGGAUCUGGCCUCGAUCCGGGUCCCAGGCCCAGGCCCCCGGGGAGCCAGCCCUGCACCCCAUGGGGGUGCCCCUGCCCAAGGAGUUAGGGCUGCUCCCCAGCCUGUGGGGCAAGAUCUGCCAAUACCUGCAGGGACGGGAAUCGUGGGACAGGCGUCUGGAUGAGCUGAACCUGCUACAACAGAAGAGAAUCUGGGAGUCUCCACUGCUCUUAGCUGCCAAAGAGAAUGAUAUUCGAGCAUUGACCAAGCUUCUCAAGUAUGAUGUCUGUGAUAUACACCAGAGAGGGGCCUUGGGGGAGACAGCACUGCAUGUUGCUGCCCUCUAUGACAAUUUUGAGGCGGCCAAGUUGCUGAUAGAAGUUGCACCUGAACUGGUGACUGAACCCAUGACUUCUGAGCUGUAUGAAGGUCAAACAGCGCUUCACAUAGCAAUAGUGAACCAGAAUGUGAACUUGGUGAAGGCUCUGCUCACCCACGGUGCCAGUGUCUCUGCCCGAGCCACUGGGAUAGCUUUUCGCCGGAGCUCCCACAACCUCAUCUACUUUGGAGAGCAUCCUUUGUCCUUUGCUGCCUGUGUGAGCAAUGAAGAGAUUGUUCAAUUACUUAUUGAGUUUGGAGCUGACAUCCGGGCACAGGACUCUUUGGGAAAUACAGUGCUUCACAUCUUAGUCUUCCAGCCCAACAAAACAUUUGCCUGCCAGAUGUAUAAUGCACUGUUAUCUUAUGAUGAGCGGAGUGGUCACAUGAAGUCUCUAGACCUCAUUCCUAAUCACCAAGGCCUCACUCCCUUCAAGCUGGCUGGUGUGGAAGGGAACACUGUGAUAUUCCAGCAUCUGCUACAGAAGAAGAAGCAUGUCCAAUGGACAUAUGGACCAUUGACUUCCACUCUUUACGACCUCACAGAAAUUGACUCGUGGGGAGAUGAGCAAUCAUUGCUUGAACUCAUUGUUACAACCAAGAAGAGAGAGGCCCGUCAGAUCCUAGACCUGACCCCUGUGAAAGAGCUAGUGAACCUCAAGUGGAGAAGAUUUGGAAGACCAUACUUUUGUGUGCUGGGUGCUAUUUAUGUUCUCUACAUGAUCUGCUUCACCAUGUGCUGUGCCUAUCGUCCCCUCAAGCUUCGUAGCAGCAAUCGCACUAGCCUGCGGGACAUUAGUCUUCUCCAGCAGAAGCUAUUGCAGGAGUCUUACGUGACUCGUGAGGACAAUAUCCGAAUGGUUGGAGAGCUGGUUUCAGUCAUUGGGGCUGUGGCCAUCCUACUUCUUGAGAUCCCAGACAUCUUUAGAGUUGGGAUUGCUCGGUACUUUGGACAAACUAUCCUUGGAGGGCCAUUUCAUGCCAUCAUCGUCACCUAUGCCUGCAUGGUGCUAGUGACCAUGGUGAUGCGGCUUACCAGUACAUCUGGUGAGGUGGUGCCUAUGUCUUUUGCCCUGGUGCUUGGCUGGUGCAAUGUUAUGUAUUUCGCUCGAGGAUUCCAGAUGCUGGGGCCAUUCACCAUCAUGAUCCAGAAGAUGAUUUUCGGGGAUCUAUUGCGUUUCUGUUGGCUGAUGGCUGUGGUCAUCCUGGGAUUUGCUUCUGCGUUCUAUAUCAUCUUCCAGACAGAAGACCAAGAUGAAUUGGGCCAUUUCUUUGACUACCCUAUGGCACUGUUCAGCACCUUUGAGCUGUUCCUCACAAUCAUCGAUGGUCCUGCCAACUAUGAUGUAGAUCUACCCUUCAUGUAUAGCAUCACAUAUGCUGCCUUUGCUAUUAUUGCCACACUACUCAUGCUCAACUUGCUCAUUGCUAUGAUGGGUGACACCCACUGGCGAGUGGCCCAUGAGAGGGACGAGCUUUGGAGGGCUCAAGUUGUUGCCACCACAGUAAUGUUGGAGCGAAAGCUGCCCAGAUGCCUUUGGCCUCGCUCUGGGAUCUGUGGUCGAGAGUAUGGGCUGGGGGACCGCUGGUAUCUUAGAGUGGAGGACCGACAAGACCCAAGUCGACAACGAAUAUAUCGAUAUGCCCAGGCCUUCAGUACUUUGGGGACUGAUGACUUAGACAAAGACUCACUGAGUAAAUCAGACCUGACCCCAACUUGUGGUCGUCAUCGACUAGCAGCAACACCUACCCCCUCCAUUUCCCGAAGCACCACCCGAAGCAGCGCCAACUGGGAGAGGCUUCGACGGGGGACCCUGGGUGUAAACCUAAGAGGGGAGAUCAAUAGAGGCCUAGAGGAUGAAGAAGGGAGGGUAUAUCAAGUCUGAACCUUUUCUAUAGUAGCCCAAAGAAUCUGCCCCCUUUGCUCUUUGGGAAUGAAAGGAGGCCAAGUUCUUUGCCCCUUUGAAGGAGAUUGGAUUGAGCCAGGUAGAAUUCUCCUUAGGGUCCUCAGGCUCAGAAGAAGCCAGAUUCCAACUUAUCUAGACUCCACUGGGCAUCUGUUGAAUUAACUAGUACGUGUACACUCCUUCCCUUCAUUACCCCCAUUCCCACAAAUGUCCUGUCACUGUGGCAAACUCCUCCUCAAGACCAAGCAGCUGAAUACACUGCCAAAAUAAAGCACUUUAAGGAUGUUCUGCCAAGCAUCCUCUCCCCACCCUUCUCAGGUAUCUCAUCCUUUGCCAGGGAUGGGCUUUCCUUUGCUGAGCUGGGUAAUUGUAGGAGAUGAGAAUGGGGCUCAUGGGAACUAGAGGUUGUACAAAUGAGUGAACAAGAAAAACAGAAGACUUGGGUGUUAUGGCUGGUACACAGACACCUACCCUGCUAAGGCAUCACUCCUUCCAAUAAAGUCGGUGCCCUAGUCUUUAAAA